AUGGGACCCGUGCGGAGCAAUGACAGGACUCACACACGAGAAGCACACCGUCACCCCAUUCCUUUAGAAAUAAUUCUCAGAUCUGUCGCCUCGCCUCGACCAAAAUCAAAAUCAAAAUCCAGCUCCAGCUCCAUCUCCAAGUCCAAACACAAACGAAAGCGUUCCCCAGGACUACCCUCGAAUAUUAGCUCCAAUACCUCUGUAGAGGGCGAACCGUUUGCUCCGGCAGAUGAUUCUCCAUCCAUGCUCAGCACCGUACAGAGCCGGCUGCCUGCGCCGGUACAUGACGUAUCUCCACCCCGCCGCCUAUCCAUGCUCGAAGUCCUGCCAGUCGAGAUCAUCGAAAAGAUCUUCCUAUACUCGAUGAACGUGAACCUCCCCCGCGCAUCACACGUCGUGGCUGCAGCACUCUCAAGCGAGCGUAUCUAUCGCCUCCUCAUCCUCCUUGCCUUCUGGGAGGAUCCUCCAGUCUUCCAAAAAUACUACCCUGCCGGCCACCCAGGCACUCUGAAGCAUGGAAGCCCUGCCAUCAAGGCCAUCUUCAACCCGAUAGACUACGUCCGGCUGCACAUGGGCGAACGCUCAAUGAUUCAAGCGCUCGUAUUUUCCUGCAAAUGGUGUACCAUGGACCGCAUUAUCAAACAUAUCCCGACAUUGAUGAAUCUCCAUAUCCAACGCCACUGGCUCGAUGAGGGAAUAGAAAUGGACGCAACCGAGCGAAAAAACUUAGAGCGAUUCAUGAAUCGGAAAACGGACAGCCCGACUACAUUCAAUGGCAAAGGGAUCACGAGCACCCAACUCAUAGAGGCGAUAGGCUUCACACGGAUGGAAUAUGAGAAGAUCUCCAAAUUUAAGCCAGAAACCUACAAGAUGAUGGUUAUCCCGAUGAUUGAGGUUCAGAUCGUCCACUUCUCGUUAAAGCAGAUCCUGCACUGGCCUGCAAUCAGCGUGUGCGUCUUCCCGGAGAAGUUACUCCGUGGCCGCGAAACAGGCUUCACCCCGGACGAUGUCGCCUUCCUUGAGAUGCUGCGGGUGACUUCGGCUAACUUUGCGCAUGAUGAUAUGGAACAUGAUCCUGGGACAACCUCGAUGCUGAACCGCUCAGCUCUGCACCAGGGUGUAUCGCGAGCUAUCCAGACACAGAACUACGAAGCCCUUAUCUCUCUCCUUAAACUCGACGAGUACAUUUUCCGAUGGCAUGUUCGCAAUCAAGGUGAGCCUGUGUUCUAUACCAUUCCCUCGGAGCAUUUCGAGCAUGUCAUCCGUGUUUUUAAGGAUAAGUCGCAGCUUUGUCACAAGUUCUUUGAAGCUGUGCUUCGGGCUAGUGCGGAGUCUGUUCCAGGAAAUUCACCCGCUAUCAUACAGUGGAAUAUGGAUAAUGUCCAACGUGCUCUCAGGCGACCCACUGUUGAAAAUCUGAUUAUUUCGCGCUUUUCGCAGUGGUUGUCGGAUUUCAUGUUGGAUCUCCCGCGUCAGAUCGCUUAUGUGCGGCAGUCCGCAACUCGCCAGCUGUUUAUCGCUGGGCAGCAGAAUUUAGAGGAUGCGCCGGGAAAACGUUUCUUUGAUGAGGCACUUCAACCGCAUCGAGUAGCGUUUAAGAAUUGGCUGGAUGAAUCCUCGUUCCGGAAUGAGGAUCAUUGGUUAGUGAGGGCUGGUCCUGAGCUAUCGCCUGGCUUUGUUAGAUGUGUGAACUAG